GCGCAUAGAACACGCAAAUCGAAAAGAAACCCAAAACCAAAACCCCUUAAAGUAAUCCCAAAAAAAAGAAUACCAAGAUCCAAGAAUCAAGAAGAAGUGCAACGAAGAUUUACAAAACGAAUUUAAAUUAAAAAAAAUAUAUAAUAAUUUAAAAAGAACAGUGUUUUGUUUUUGUUUUUUUCUGUGUUAAAUAGUGCGAAAAGAAACGGUUAGAAGCAAGACAAACCGAAACCGAUAACGAUAAAACACGACAAUACAUGUCCUGUUUUGAAUUGAAAUAUCCCAUAUACAGCCUUCCUAUAUAGAAGCCAGAUGCAGUGCUGACGACAAUAACAACGAACUUUUGCAGUUUAUUGACAGCAACAACCACAAAAAAAAAAACAACAAAAAACAGAAAAACCAGAUUGAAAGCCAAGCCAAGCGGAGGACAACAACAAAAGCAGCAACUUGAAGUAAUUUGCAACUGAAAAGAAAUGCGGCAAUGGGGCACAAACAAAAUCCUGCCAUGGGCAAUGCCGGCUAUACAUGCAUUCGCCGCACCUUCUGCUGGCUCAACAUUAUUCUGUGGCUGUGUAGCUGCGCUUUUCUGGGCGCCGGACUCUGGCUGCGACUGAGCUACGAGGGCUAUGCCACUCUUCUGCCUCAGCAUGCCGCCUUGAGUGCAGACACCAUCUUCAUGGGAAUUGGCGGAACAGGGUUUGUGGUUAGCUUCUUUGGAUGCUGCGGGGCCUGGGCGCAGUCAAGGUGUCUUCUGGUGCUGUACUUUAUGCUGAUUGUAAUGCUGUUCAUGAGCGAGUUCCUGGUGGGCUCCAUAGCCUUUCUCUUCCGCGGCGGCCUGGGACGUACUUUGGCCAAUGAGCUGCGCUUUGGCAUCGAGCGUCACUAUAAUGUCAGCGAUCGGGGCUCCCUGGUGGCCCCAUCGGUGUCCGCCAUUUGGGACAGUGUUCAGCAAUCGUUUGAGUGCUGUGGCGUGUCCUCAUACGAGGACUGGUAUGACAUUCAGACGUGGCCGGGAAAGCGCUGGGUGCCCGAGUCCUGCUGCAGGACUCUUUACGAUCAGCGUCAGGUUUUGACUGAGGGUUCUGGCGAUGGUUUGCUGCGCGCCGACUGCGGCAGAUCCGAAAACCCCUCUUUGUGGUGGGACAAGGGCUGUGCCCACUCGCUGCAAAGUUGGUUCACCGGCCAGCUGAAUGUGGUGGGGGCCGUGGGUCUGGGCAUUGCCUUUGUCCAGCUCUUUGGACUGAUCACCUCCAUGCUGCUCUUCUGCACGGUAAAGCACAAGCGGGCCUCGGACACCUACAAGUCGUACUCGCCCUCGAUUGAUCCCCAGACCCGUACCAGCAGUUGGGAGGACUGAACGCGCCUGUAGUGGAGGAUGUUCAAGAAAAAAUAACAACAAAUCUCUCUCCCUAUCUCUAAUUAUAUUUUUUUCUUUGUUAACUCCGUUUAGUUUCUAAUUCAAUCAAUGCGAAAUGUGCCAAAAAUUAAUUUUUAAAGAAAAGUGUACGCGUAUUAUUAUUAUUUUAUUUUUUUUUUAUAAUCUGUAGGCAAAAACAUAACGAAAAAGAAAAAUUCAAUGCGAACAGGUCAACUUACACUGAAAGACAGUGAGAAGAGGACAUUAUGCUCAGUGUAAACGCCGCAUAAUGCUUUCCGUUAAUGUUAUUCAGUGUGCAGAGGGCAUUUUUGUUCUCAAAAAAUAUGUAUUUAGUUAGCGGUGUAUCCAUAUUGUGAUGUGCUCUCUAGUAGUAUAGUGUCCAGUCCAAGGCCUCAGUGUAGGUUACUGUGCUUUUCAUAAUUAUCAGGCUGCAGUUCACAAAAAAUAACUAUAUCGAAAACGCACUGUACCAGAAAUACACAAGGCCCAAGGCUUAAUUAUGCUCGUAACCCUUUAACUAAAUCAAUAUAUCAGCUAUAUAUAACACGUACAUAUACAUUAUACAAAUUAUAUUUAUGUUACUUUAUGGAACUUUGUAGUAUUCGAAAUAGCAGAAACCACAACUGCCCAAAGGAGCAAGGAGGAAAACGACAAACAAAUAAAUAAAAAUAACCCAGCAGAUGAAGAGGGAAGAAUGGAUAUAUAGUUAAAGCAAAUAUUACUAUUAUUAUUAUUACUAUGAUUAUUUUAUUUAUACAAAACAUAUUUAUAUAUCGAAAAUACAUUCCUACACACAACAUGUUUGCGUUAAGUUAUAAAAUAA